AGGGGCUACAGCAAAUCCAAUACUUAGAAUAGGUGCCAAUACCUUAAUAAUUAUCCGAAGUAUUCCAUCAUAAUGAGAGAAGUCCAACUGGCCAGUUUUCAUUGCUUUCAGCUAGAGCUUCCAGGACGAACGAAUAAGAGACAUGGGCAUAAUCAACCUCGAGCUACAUCCAGUGCUCAUUCAUUGUUCCAUGGAUCAAGGGAAAGCUUAAGAUCAAGGAGCUCAAACUCAUUUUCAAAAAGUAUAUCAAAUCAUAAAUGUGUUGCAGUAGACGAUACCAUUAAAUCAAAAGACUCACAGCAAAUUCUUAUUGGUUCUGCAUUACGCCGUCCACAUGCAACGUCAUAUUCUCCUUUGGAUUACCAGAUAAUGCCAGAUGUUGGAAAAGCCCCAAAACAGCCUUACAGAUCACAGUCUGCUGGCACAGUCUAUAGAUAUGCAAGCAGACCUUUAUCUGCAGUACAUGCUGGAACAUUGCAUGGAAAACAGACUAAAUCAAGUUUACUUAGAAACAAAUCUAUUUCUUGUGAUUCCAUUGCUUCCAAAACAAGUAGCAGUUUUCACACCCCGAGCAGGCCAAGUAGUGGGAACAAGAGAUUGUGUGAAAUACGUGAUGAUUAUAGAUUUUUCAAAAAGGGACAACCGGGAAAACAAUUUCCACUUCAUGGAGAGGCAAUUCACAGUUUUCUAACUGGAGCUCGAUAUAAUAAGUAUAUAUAUAAAUUCUAUCUGAUGAGUACGUAAGCAAGAAACUCCGAGUAACAGCAAAUCUUUGUUAUUGUAUUAUACUGAGCUCUAU